AUGGGAAUUUGUUGUGGAAGCAAGGAGCCAAGUUACAGAAAGAGAAUUAAUGAUAUCUACUUGGAUGCCAUUCAAAGAGGAGAGACUAAUAAGACUCUUUUAACGAGUUUAACUCUCCGAGCGGUAACCUAUCCAGAUCAACUACCGAGUAUUGGCAGCACAUUGGAAGCAAGAAUUAAGAGUGAUUAUACCAAAGGAAACCAGUUUAACGUUCGAGUUGGAUGUGAUAUUUUCGAUGACCUCAUUCAUACCCGAUCAGAUUUGAGUUACUUUGUUGUGAAUGUAGAUAACGUGAUUGCUUUGCUCAUAGAUGGAAGAAACACUGAACUGAAGAAGAGAGCUAUUAGCUUGUUGACAAGCUCUGUCGAUAAUGCUUCCGGCCCAGCAAUCAGAACAUUUAACAAAUAUGAAUCUAAAUUGGUGGAAUUUUCGAAAGGAGAAGAUAUAGAGCUCAAAGUGAAUAGCAUUAACGCCAUCACCAAAAUGAUUCCUAAAUUGGAAUCAUUAAGUGUCACUCCGAUCAUUCCAGGAUUACUUGCAACUAUUUAUCAAUAUUUGGAGAAAUUGAAUACCGCUUAUGAUGAUACAUUGAUUUUUAGAAUUCCAAAUGUGGAUUUCACAAAACUCAGCUCUGAAAGUGCAGCUAAAAUUUCUGUGGAAUGUUUAAGCGCCAUCGCUCGACAAGCAAAUGACGGAACGAUAAGACAUAUCAUGAAACCAAUUUGGGACUUUCUAGAUGACCAAAACAAAUGGUAUUCCAAGCAAGAGUUUGUUAGAUCCAUUAUGAGAAUCAUUGUCGCAUCCUCUAUUGAAUGGUCGAGCAAAGGUUAUGCCAUUGUUUCUACAAAUAUGCAACAUUUUGAUGAAAUUCUCGACAGAAACCAAAAGGCAGGAAUGAUUCGUGCCAACAUUUUUAUUAUUUCAAUUCAAUCUAAGAAGGGAGCGACUAGCGGUGCCCGUGCCUUUGAAGCAGUGGCUCAACUGGUUAAUACUCUCAAAGGAAAUUUUCCAUUCACUUCCAAUCAUAUGAUCACACCUCUCCAAUAUGAAGAUGUUCUUAGAAGCGAUGUGCUGAUAUCAUCUGUCUUGGAGUGUCUUUCUGUCAUUGCUCAACGUGGAAAAUUUACUCAACAAAACAUUUCCUUAAUGGAAUCGAUUCAACAACUCAUCAAACAACAGGAAACAAAACUUACUUCAUUCGAACAAACUCGAAAUACUCAAGGACAAAUUGAAUUUGAGCAGUUAUCUCAACAAGCCGUUCAACAUUUAUUACUUGUAGAAUGCCUUAAUUGUGUUGCAAAAGUUGGUGCUUACGUAUUGUCUAAUCAACCACCUCAGAGCUCAUCAACUAAUAAUGGUGGUUCUGGUGGUUCAAAUCCUAACACAUCAUCUGUAAACAAUGAUUCAACAAUUGGUAGCUCCGUAAAUGGAACUACAGGACAAAAUAAUAGCUCUGGCGCCAGUACAAGUGAAUCUUUCUAUCCUUCACAUUUAAUUAAUGCAUUGUUAGAGUCUAGUGUUCGACCAAGUAACUCUGUUUAUGUUAGAUACAAGUAUUUGACCGUUUUCCUUUCACUGCUUUCCACCAAAGAAACCUCUACGAAAACAAAUGUUGAAGAUCAAUCAAAUAUUUCUCCCAACAUUAUUGAAACAAGCAAUAAGAAGCCUACUGCCUCUCCUGCAAUCAUGGAAGAAGUUGACACGAAUAGCACAGCCAUCAAGACUCGUGUUACCAUUUCAAAGAGUCAACGAUCAAAAAUUUAUUUUUAUCUUUAUAAGGGAGUAUUUUUGAAUGAUAAUUUACCUGAGAGCUAUGCCUGUAUUGCAAGAAUUAUGAGAAACAUGCUCAAACAACAUAGAAAUAAGGAAAUUGAAAAUGCCUUACCAAUGCUUUUCAAACUGCAAGAAGUUGCAACUGCUACACCUACUGAGGUACAAUCGAUGCCAUCUACCUCAGUUUCUGAUUCUACAGAUGAAGACCAUAAUGAGGUUCCUGAAAGACAACAACCAACAAUGUCCAUCAGAAGCAAAUUAAUGAUUCAUACUCUCAUUGUUAUUUAUUUAUUAUGCUUGGGUGAACUCUAUAAUUCAAAGGAACUCGAACAAUACAUCAAAUCUAUCAUGGAAUCGAGAAUUAAGCAAGGUUUACUCACAAAGCAUGUAAUGACUACUUUUGAGAAACGACACAAUAGUGGAAAUUCUCUCGAAACAAUGAAAGGUGUUAUUAGUGAAGAUGAAAAACUUAAAGAAUAUACAGCAUCCUUCGCGUCUCUUAAUUCUCUUGUGGAGGGAGCUGCAAAUAUUGACAAGAUUGAGCUAGUGUCCCAAGAUAAAAUUUGUGAGCUAUUGUGCAAGAUUGAAACCUUGAAGGAAACAUAUGGUGAUGUUGCUGGAGUGACCAAGAUUGUGAAAAAGACCUUCACUGGAGAUUCAAUCACAAAAACGACAACUGUUGUUGCUGAUGACGAUUCAGUUUCAAAACCACCUGUGGAUGAUCCAUGGUAUGCCCAAACAACAGAGGACAAGUCUGGAUAUGACGUACAAGUUAUUGAAGGAUUGGAGGUUGAUCAAAUUGGAACUAAGGGAAGAAAUGUUUCUAGAGAUUCUUUAACUGUAAGCCAGAUUCAACUUGAUUUGACAUCCAAUGUUGCAAAUGGCUUUCUUACAAAGAAACGAGAGGAAAAGAACAAAAUGUUGGACUCCAUCCUCAAUGCCGUUCCUUCGUCUCAAGAAGAUGAUGCACAAAGCGAGGAUGAAGAGUUGGAAGACGAGCUGCAACAGCCAAAACUUUUCCUUUUCGACUCUGAGCAAUUUAUUUCCAUGUAA